GGAUGAUAAUGGGUCUCAGAGGCUUUGGUUUUUGAAAUCUUCCAUACUUGAGAGUUUGAGAUAAUGAGUCUCAGUUCGGUAAAUCUGUUACCAAAGAAAAGCUUGUGUUGAAAAUUGAAAUUGAUCAUCACAUCAAACAAACUGUGGUCUGUGGGAGAUCAGAGAUGGAGUGGCUGUGUCACUGUGGUCCUCACGAAAACUGGAAUUUGUGAUGGAGAGAUUCUCUGCUUCUGUGGCGGUGGAUGGAUCCGAAUUCGGAUUAGCUGCUCUUGGCUAUUUUCCGCCGUUCUCCCCCGUUAAGCUUUCCAUCCACAAUCUCGGUCGAGAUACCAAUCUCCAUAAGACUGUAACUUCGCCUUGCGGCUCACAUACCUUUGGAAAUUGGAAGUGGAUGGCCGGCCGAUAUGCGCGCGCUUACCAUUACAUUGUCCUCUUUUGGGAUCUGAUGUGCUUAAUGGAUUCGAAUCUUACGGUCGAAACCAAAGAGAAAUGGGGUCCAUGAAAGAUCAGCGUGUGAGUGUCACAAAGUGACACGUGGAACCAAGAGGUUUUACUUACCUUCUCACCGGUCGGACUCGGUCACCCGACCCAAAAGGUUCACCAAUACCUCGGCUCGGCUGACUCCUCCCAUCUUUAAAAACGCUCGUGUUGUGAACUGGAGAAGCUUUGCGGCUUCACAGUCGUUCAUUCAUGGCUUCGUCGUCUCUCUGCAACUUCUUUUCUCUCUUAUUAUUACCAUCACAACCACCAUCCAACAAAAAAGCGCCAACCUAUUUGGUCUCUUUUCCUUGUUCUUCCGCGUCUGUUUCUUUUCCGUCAUUAUCUUCUUCUGUACCGCUCGAGAGUCAUAGAAGUAGAUAUGGUUCUAUUCCAGUAAUGGCGGGCGAUGGUUCGUCUUAUUCUAACGACAUCUUGUCUGUAACAUGCCCUUCUUUUGCAUACGCCAAUACCUUCUUCUUUAAAUCAGCAUACAACGUUCAGGUUGUUGUGACGGAUGAUAACGAACCUGAAGAAUCGUUGCUUAGGAGGUUUCGGAGAGAGGUUAUGAAGGCGGGAGUUAUCCAGGAGUGCAAAAGGAGGAGAUUCUUCGAGAACAUCCAGGACAAGAAGAAAAGGAAGACCAGAGAGGCUGCUAAGAGGAAUCGAAGAAGGCGACCCUCGUCAAGAACUCCACCACCGGACAAACAGGAAUCGUCAAAUAACAAGGUCCGUGAAGAAGAAGAAGAUAAUUGGGAACUUCCUGAAGGAGAAUUACCGUAUUGACCACCAUUUUCACCAUUGUUUUUUUUUCCUCAUCUGUUUAAAAUGCGGGGGCAUUGAUUUGAUUCUUGUGGAGUUAGGAUGACAUUUCAGACUGGAUAACAGCAAAAUGCUUGAUUUAAGUUUAUGCCUUUUAAAUUGUGUAAAAUUCUCUAGGAUCGUGCAUAAACAGAAGUUGCAAAUGGGGUUGUCUGAAACAAUUAGUAAUACUGCCAGGAAUGCUCAUUGUUUUGAAAGCUUCCAAGAAA